CUCAUCCCAGCAGUGGCACUGUGCUCCUUCUGUGGCAAAGAAAACCACUUUGCUUUUCUACUGAUUCCACUUUUUGCACCCUCUAAUCAGCGCUGUUUGUAUUUUACCUGAUAUUUAGAGGUUUUCAUAUUGCUUGAUUACCAUCCUGGGGUCAGGUUUGCCAAGUUGACGUGGCCUGCAGUCCAUAGUUUGGUGUCUAAAAUGGCAACUCUCGUAUUUCCAACUCAAUAAAAAUUCUUCUGGGCACCACAAGGGGAGGAACUGUGUGAUGUGAAAGCUGAGGGAGGCCUUCUUCCUCCCUUGGUGAUGAUGUCUGAAUCUGUGCUUUCAGUUUUUGUGUUUGGUCUCUGGCACUUUCAGUUAAAGCAAGUUUGCUUUUGGACUGUUGAUAAAUGUGGAGGUAGGGGCAGAUUUCUACUUAGUGGGAAAAAAAUAAACAUUUUAAUUUUGUAGGUUGUGUGGCUUAAAGUGUUGCUUUCUGCACCAGGUGUUAUAUACUUAAUAAAUGGAGUCUUGACUUGGGCAGGAGGAAUUCUAGGGUUUAACCAAGGAAGUGGUCCCUAUUUUUGGGGGGCCCUGGCACAGAGAAGCUGUGGCUGCCCCACUUGGAAGUGUCCAAGACCAGGUUGGAUGUGGCCUGGAGCCACCUGAGAUGGUGGAAGGUGAGACUGGAUGGGCUUUAAGGCCCUUCCAACACAAACCGUUCCGUGAUUUUUACCCCUUUAAAAAAGUUUUAUUUAAUUGUUCUUCCAGUUAGCUCUAAGAUAUUGCAGUCAAUAUUUAUUUGCCUAAAUGUCUACCUCUGUAGACUGUAACCUUCCUGCUGAUAUCCAACCAUUUUCUGGGAAAGUGUAACACCAGUCCCUCCCUUUGGCAACUCAGAGCUUCCUCAUUCUCCCCUGCUGCUGUAAAGAGCCCUGGGGUGCUGCAGAGCAGCUGAAAGCCAGCCGAGAUUGUAUUUAGCCACCUGACCCGGGGAAUUGCUCCUCCCAGGGGCUGGCCUGGACCACGGAUAUAAGGACAGGGACAGGAUUGUGCCAGGGAAAAUCUUGGCCAGGCAGGGCAGGGAGCAGAGCUGCCCCCAGGCUGCUGAAGGCAAGGACUGUUUGAAAAGCAAAUUGUAAAUUACUUUUACUACACACCAGCUUUUGUGGGUUUUAAAAACAAGCAAAACCUUGUUGGUGUUUUUUCCCCUCUGCCGUGGGUAUUUUAUUAAAUUCUCCUCACUGGAGGAAUUGUUUUUAACAGAAAAUUGUAGUUUUUAUGUGCAGGCUGAAGUUAGGGAAGGUUGGAUGUCUCUUUCAAUACAACCAGCAGCUUUAGAAGUUGCAAACCUGCUUUUUGAUGAGCAGAUGAAUUGAAUGAAUGAAUACUCAGUGAAAAAAGGAUCAGGAGCUUGUGCUCUUGAGGGAAGGGGAAAUCAAAUACCUGUUUAUUUUUCUUGAAAUGGGGUUUUCUUUAUGAAACUUUGCCUCGAAGAUCUGGAAUGCAAGUUUUACAAAGGAUUUUUUUGUAAAGCCUCAACUUUUUAUCAGAACUGACUGAAAUCUUCAAUGGAAGAAGAAGAUUCAGGGAAAAAUGUAUUCUUCUGAGGUUGCAGUUAUUAAUAAGUGAUAAAAGCCUCAGCCUUUUAUUUUAUUUGGAGCUGUUGCAUUUGCCUGAGCACUGGAAAGAAACAUGAAGAUCUUAAAGCAAGUUGUGAAUAACUUUUCAUUCAGUAGAACUGCAUGGAAUUGGCACAUUCAGGAUCCAGCAAGCCAGCGGUUGACAUGGAACAAACCUCCCAAGAGUGUCCUUGUGAUUAAGAAGAUCCGUGAUGCCAGUCUGCUGCAGCCCUUCAAAGAGCUCUGUGUGUACCUCACUGAGGAGAACAAUAUGAUAGUGUAUGUAGAAAAAAAAGUAUUGGAAGACCCUGCUAUAGCUAAUGAUGAGCAUUUUGGACCAGUGAAGAAGAAAUUUUGCACCUUUAGAGAAGACUAUGAUGAUAUCUCCAAUCAGAUAGACUUUAUCAUAUGCCUGGGAGGAGAUGGGACCUUACUUUAUGCUUCUUCACUUUUCCAGGGUAGUGUACCUCCAGUUAUGGCUUUUCAUCUGGGAUCCCUUGGAUUUCUUACUCCAUUUAAUUUUGAGAAUUUUCAGUCCCAAGUCACUCAGGUUAUAGAAGGCAAUGCAGCCCUUGUUCUCAGGAGCAGGCUCAAGGUGAAGGUGGUGAAGGAGCACAGGGAAAAAACCCCAGUGCGGAAUGGGAUAGAGGAAAACGGAGUGGUGCCUGCAAACCUGGAGAAAGAAGGGGGCAAGCAAAUUAUGCAAUAUCAGGUUCUCAAUGAAGUUGUGGUGGAUCGUGGCCCUUCCUCCUACCUGUCCAACGUGGAUGUGUUUCUGGAUGGACACCUGAUAACCACAGUGCAAGGAGAUGGGGUGAUUGUGUCCACGCCGACCGGCAGCACCGCGUACGCCGCCGCGGCCGGAGCCUCCAUGAUCCACCCCAACGUCCCUGCCAUCAUGAUCACCCCCAUCUGCCCCCACUCCCUGUCCUUCAGACCCAUUGUGGUUCCUGCUGGAGUGGAACUCAAGAUUAUGCUCUCCCCAGAUGCCAGGAACACGGCGUGGGUUUCAUUUGAUGGAAGGAAGAGGCAGGAAAUAUGCCAUGGAGACAGUAUCAGCAUCACUACCUCUUGCUACCCCCUGCCCUCCAUCUGCUUCCGGGACCCCGUGAGCGACUGGUUCGAGAGCUUGGCCGAGUGCCUGCACUGGAACGUCCGCAAGAAGCAGAACAACUUCGCGGUGGAGGAGGAGGAGUUCUGAGAGCCCACACCCAGCAGGGCUCCCGGCAGUGCGGUGUGGCACAGUCCCUCCCCUCUGCUUGGAUUUUGGAGCUCUCGGUGCCGGCACCGCCCCGGUGGUUUAAAUCCCUGGCACGCUGUGGCUGGGAAGGGUUGUGCUCCUUCCUGGCCACCGAGAACGGGGGUGGAAGGCUCUGAUGAUUCUAAGCCAGUGUGAAUUUCCUUCCAAAUGAUCAGUCUGAGAGUGGAUGAUUCCUGAUUGCUAUCAAAAACCACAUCUGCGGAUUUGAUUGUAACCUCUGACUUACCAGUUCCAUGGUAUGCUGAAUGUAGCUACACCAGGGAAAAGUGGCAGCAGAAAAGUGGCAUUAAAAUCCCUUUCAUUUGGUAGGUUUGUAAAUCCAUUUAACACUGCUAGCAACAGAAAAGGUCUGAGAAAUUUUCUUUAAGAAAAAAAGAAAAAAAACUCCUCAUUAUUAUCUUAAAUACGCCCUGCCCAGAAAAUACUUUCUUACUUGCAGGUGUGACACGCUGAAGAAACACCCACAAAGGAUGUUUUUUAUUAAUAGAUGGAAUUAGUAAUAAAAAGUAUAUAUUUUUUAUAUAUACAA